UCAGGCAGUCAUAAUAUUAUAAAAGACAGGGCUUAUAGUUGAAGAAGAGAUAAAGAUGAGCCAAGAGGGUAUGGAAAAGUUGUUCAAGGAAUCAGGGACUUCGGUCUUGGUACCAUCAGUUCAAGAGUUGUCUAAAGAGAGUGUAUCUAAUGUUCCACAGAGAUACUUUCAGCCUCAACAUCAACAACAAAGGCUCCUCAUCUCUCAACAAUCUCAUGCCACCCUUCAGAUUCCUGUUAUUGACAUGCACAAUUUGCUUUCUCAAGAAUCUGGGAGUUCGGAAUUGGCCAAGCUCCACCUUGCUUGCAAAGAAUGGGGAUUCUUCCAGAUUAUAAACCAUGGCGUGAGCUCUUCUUUGGUGGAGAAAAUUAAGUUGGAGAUUAAGGAAUUCUUCAACCUUCCAAUGUCAGAGAAGAAAAAGUUUUGGCAGACUUCAGAGAAUAUGGAGGGUUUUGGGCAAUUAUUUGUUGUGAGUGAAGAUCAAAAACUUGAUUGGAAUGAUAUGUUCUAUAUGAACAGCCUUCCUAGAAAAUCCAGAAUGCCCCACUUAUUUCCACAACUUCCCCAUCCUUUCAGAGACAAUCUAGAGCUAUACUCACAGAAAAUGAAAGAUGUAGCCAUGAUCAUAAUUGGGCAAAUGGAAAAAGCUUUGGAGGUAAAAGAAAGGGAAAUGAUAGAAUUAUUUGAAGAUGGGAUACAAAGGAUGAGGAUGAACUAUUACCCUCCUUUUCCUCAACCAGAAAAGGUCAUUGGUUUCUCAAAUCAUUCUGAUGGAGAUGCUCUCACCAUCCUCUUACAACUCAAUGAGAUCGAAGGGCUGCAGAUAAGAAAAGAUGGCAUGUGGGUUCCUGUUAAGCCCUUGCCUAAUGCCUUUGUUGUCAAUGUUGGUGACAUAAUGGAGAUUAUUACCAAUGGAACAUAUCGAAGUGUUGAACAUCGAGCAACAGUGAACUCUGAAAAGGAAAGACUUUCAUUUGCAACAUUUUAUAGCCCUAGAGAAGAUGCUGUCUUAGGUCCUUCACCAUGUUUGAUAACUCAUCAAACACCACCACAGUUCAAGAGCACUAGCGCGAACCAGUAUUUUAAAGAUUUUUUUGCUCGGAAACUUGAAGGAAAGUCUAACAGAGACAACAUGAAAAUAGAGCACCCUAAUUGAAGUUAUCAAAAUUAGGAAUCAAAAAAUUAUUUGCACCAGUUCUAAGGGUGGUAUGCACAAUACAAAAGUUAGAAUAACAUCGAAGUUGUAUUGAUAAUCCAAAAAAGUUUAUGUAACAACAGUUUGUAGUGCAUACCAUCCGAUCUUUACUUUAUGUCUGAUUUCUAGUUCCUUUGAUGUUUCUUUUCAUGCAUCACAACAUUAACACACUACAAAAAUAAAUGUAUUUAGUUGUGGUUA